GUGGAAUUAAUUAUUGCUAUUAUUUGUUUAUUGUGCGRUAGAUCCCCCACAUCGAAAUGUCUCAGGAAGAGACUGUUCAGACCCCAGCUGAGGGCCAGAGUGUUGAGCARCUCCCUGACCCUCGUACCAGGGCCCAGGUAGAGCAGAGACGACAACAGUUGUCUGGCCGGCUCAACCUUCUGGCCACCGAGCUGCACAAUGCCGGUGCAGAUGCUGAGUCACAUGUGCGGGCCCAGUUUGAUCUGCGGAAAGCCCAGGCAGACCUGGAUGCAGCUCAGACUGGCACCGACCUAUUGAAGGUACAGGAGUUCAUUAUCCAGUGCCGUAAAGCACUGGAUGUGYUMAUCUGUCAGCAGUUUGACGACAUUGCGAAUGRCAGAAAUGCCAAAAAUGAUGUGGUGGYCACAGAGCAGACAAUUGAUGAGAAUAUUCGCCAGCUGGAAGAAGCUCUUGAAAAAGAGAAAACCCGCAAGGCAGAAAUGAUAAAGAAAAAAGAGCAAGAUAAACAGCAAGCAAAACGAGAACAAGAAGUCAGACAGCAUGUGGUAACUGUGGCAGGGGAAGAGCAGGUUGUGGCGCUGAACCAAUUGGUUGAGUACGUUGCUCACUUGGAGACAAGGCUCAACCAUUUUGAAGCAAAGAUUGAAGAAUUGACCGUGGGUCUGACUAUUGUGACUAACCUAGUGAAGGGAAAGGAAAAAGAGGUUCAGAAGGAACAACCUAAGAAGAAACUGAUGAGUGAUGCAAUGAAAGAUCUUCGGGUGGAGGUAAAGAAAGGAGAAUCGUCUUCACCACCACCUCCACCGAGUCCACCACCCAGUCCAGGUGGCAAGAAGGAUAAGGAGGAGAAACCUGAGAAACCCAAGAAGAAAGAGAAGGUAAAGAUGAAAUUGCCUUUCACGUUCAGCAACAAAAAGGAUGAAAAUUUGUUGCUGUGGAUUGCAGAAAUAGAGACCUACGUCGGGACGACCCCAGUUGAAGAAGAGUCACAGGUCGCCUUCUCCACGUCGUGCCUUGGAGGGGAGGCGAAAGAGUGGGUCCUGGCCGAAGCCAACGCGGCAGGAUUCGACGACAUCGGUAAGUGGGCCGGUACGAUGACCCUGAAACAGUUCCUGGACAAGAUCCAGGAACGUUUUCUUGACAAGAGAACUGCCGAUAAGGCCUUCGAUCAGCUCACUACCGUAGGUCUAAAACAUUGGACGUCUGUGGAGGCGUUGUCCCGUGAGGUCGACCGAUUGCUGCAAGUACCGGGCUUAAAUCUGCAGGAUGAUCAGGUACAUGUGCAAGAUACAGUAAGCGAGUCCUUUGGCGCCAAAAGCGUCAGGACCACAUGCUUGUCGUCUUUGACGACGACACAGUGGAGAAGCUACCGUUAGAUGAAGAAGGAGUUCCUAGCAGCAGUGAGUCCGGAAAGGGGGACAUCACUGCUGCUGUGGUCAACAAAGGAGGACCACGAAG